GUCUAUUCAAUAUUUCGACAGAUAUUUUAUUGGUGCCUCGGAAAAAACAGAUUCUUCGAUUAUCCUUCAACGAAAUGAUCAUACUGAUAUAUCUGGUGUUAUUGUUAACCUAUGAAAAAAGGAAUCAUGCCCUCGACGUAAUUUCACCAUCAGCAAAAACUUCUAAGGCUAUGGCUACCAGAGGAGCCGUGAACGACGUCGUCUCUAAGAACAUUACUAUGGUUCUUGAAAAUCUGCUGAUGAAUUAUGAGAACAAUCAACUACCUACACAUGGAAAAGGUACACCAACAGUAGUGAAAACGAAUAUUUUAAUAAGAAGCAUGGGUCCUGUGUCAGAAUUGGAUAUGGACUAUUCAAUGGACUGUUACUUCCGGCAAUCAUGGCGGGAUUCUCGGUUGAGUUUUCUAGGCCCAAUAAAAUCGUUAAGUCUAAGCAUUAAAAUGUUGGAAAGAAUUUGGAGGCCAGAUACGUAUUUUUAUAAUGGGAAACAUAGUUAUGUGCACACCAUCACGGUACCCAAUAAGUUAUUAAGAAUCUCUCAGGACGGGGAUAUUCUUUAUUCAAUGAGACUUACUAUAAAAGCAAAAUGUCCAAUGGAACUCAGGAAUUUUCCCAUGGAUCGACAAUCUUGUCCUCUUAUUCUUGGAAGCUAUGCAUACACUUCCGGUCAAUUAGUUUACGAGUGGCAAGAAGGUUCUUCCGUAAAUUUUGUUCCUGGAAUGGCUCUUUCGCAAUUCGAUUUAAUGGGUUCACCGUACAGGAACUUAACUUUUGUCCGACGGGAGGGUGAAUUUUCGGUUCUUCAGGUCUCCUUCAACUUACAACGGCAUACUGGUUAUUUUCUCAUUCAGGUUUAUGUGCCCUGCGUUUUAAUAGUGGUACUAAGUUGGGUCUCAUUUUGGAUCCACCGUGAGGCUACCAGUGAUAGAGUUGGUUUAGGUAUAACCACUGUUUUGACAUUAUCUACUAUUAGCCUUGACUCUAGAACUGAUUUGCCAAAGGUCCGUUAUGCUACUGCUCUAGAUUGGUUUUUGCUAAUGAGUUUUGGAUAUUGCAUUGCUACUCUUUUAGAAUUUGCUGGUGUGCACUACUUUACCAAGGUUGGUAGUGGUGAAAUUCCUUUAGAUGAAGAAGAGUUGGAAAAUGAAAGUGAAACUGAUUUUCAAGAUGGGUUUUGUAGUAUCGUAUCAUGCAGUCCUCAAACUGUUCAUCCAGAGACAAUAAUAGACAUACAUCGAAGAAGAAGUUCAUUAAUAUGUGAUGUUUAUGGUAUUAAUGAAUCAGCGUCUUACGGGAGAGAAUCAAUGACGGUUUCCGUUACUUCAAAACCGUCGACUAUGGAAAGACAAACACAAACGGAUGUAUGGAUACCAAAAUGGCGGCAGUUCCUUUAUUGCCUCGCCGGAGAUGAAGCAUUUAGACGACGCAGGCAAAAGGAAGCAGCUGGAAAUUGCAGAAAACAUGGAGAAAAAAUUGCAAGACACAUAAACAGUGUUUCUUAUAUUGAUAAAGUAGCACGAAUAGUAUUUCCAGCCUCCUUUGGAUUUCUUAAUGUUUGUUAUUGGCUUAUUUAUGUCACCUAUCAAGAAGAAUUCAAAUGGCAGGAUCCACCACUCGGAUCUAUUUCUCAAUAAUUGGAUUGAAAUAUCAAAUGAGAUAGAAAUGUACAUAUCUAACUUAGAUCGAAUUGUUUAAUGUAUAAGUUAUAAUAAAUUAUUGUUUUAAAUGUU